GUAUUCGGUAGAGUCAAACUGGAAGCACUCUUCUCACACGCGCUGGAUGAGGUAAAAUUUCGAGUUUUCAAUACAAUGUAAUAUGUAAAAUGUAUGGAGCUGUUUUGGCAAGCAGUUACAAUACAUGAACAGCCUGCGGGACCAAUUCCAUUUAAUUUUGGAAAAUUCCCAAAGUUAUCCAGCAUUUAUUGAGCUGGUAACACUGACAUAAAUUUUCCAAUUUCUUAUAAAAAACACACACACAAAAGGCCAACAUUACUUGUUCAACUAUUUCAUUGAUCAUUUGUGUUGCUCUUUGAACUUGUUCAGGAGGUCCUUGUACCAUCGCUAUUCUUGUUGGCGAGUUGACGUCAUCUAAAUAACAGAAUUUAACCAUCAUAAUGUACCAUAAUGCUCUGUACUAAUUAAGUGUGGUGUCAUGUUUACCACGCUUGUCUUAGACUUUCACCUCUUCUUGGAUAAGGACGUUAAAUUCGUAGGUACCCAGGGUGCGAUAAUUCGCGUACCAACGUACCGGAGGUACGCCAAAUUUAUGGUCUGGUACUUCUUUGUUUUUAGCCAAAUACCACGUAGGUACGCGGAAAUUUACUAUUCGCGUACUUACAUUUUCCUUCUAGCAAUAACUAGCCAACCUGCCUCCACUGUAUGUAGCUGAGGUCAGACAGUUAGCACCCUCGGUAAAUCCACUGUAAAUGAGCGAUGGCAUUCGAGUCACAACGUCGACGCUUUGAGAACUGUUAUAUUAUGUUGUACAAAUACCAUAAUUAAAGAUUCAUUUGUACAAAAUUGCCAUACAUUUUUUGCUUUUGGACCAGUAUUAAAACUAUAUGUAGGUAUAAAAACGCAUGACUCGGAAGUAGUCUUAGGUACGUCUUGACUCUUAAGUUUGUACCAGAUCAGGUACGCGGCAAAAGUUAUCGGAGUACCAGUCAGGUACGGCCAAAAAUAUUGAAUUAUCGCACCCUGGUACCUCGGACGGUUGUUGCGUAGUAUUUUUUUUUAAAAAGACUUAUCAAUCAAUCAAUCAUUUACGUGUGGAAAAUUUUACCAGGUUUGAAUUGAAUCCUCGCUCCAGUUUCAGCCUGGAGUCGUUUGAUUGUGUCUCCAUUUUUGCCGAUGAUAAAUCCCACGCUUUCUUUUGGAACUGGAAUCUACGAAUUGAGGAAUCAUUAAAGACUACGUUCUCACAAGAACGAAUUCUGAAUCGUAUUAAGCAAAUAUAAUAAUUUAAUACCUCAUUUUUAGCACCAAACUGUCGUUGGUUUGGAUUAAACUGUCCUCCGAUUGGCGUUCCAUAUUCAUUUGUUGGUUUGCCCAUGAAAUCUGAGCCUUUCUGUUGAAUCUGUUCGAGUUCUUUUUCUGUUAGUAAGUCCAUCACCAAGUCUUUCCCUCUCUGCAGGCAAAUUAAUGUACAAAAUUAGUAAGGGGUGGACCACUAGAAGGGGGGGGGGGGGGGGGGUGGUGGUGUUGGAUUUGUGCAUGACCAAGUUGGAGGGCAAGCUGAAAAUGCAUCCCUCCCAUCAUCAUUUUUCUAAUGGUCUACCCCUAAACUAACUUAGCUCAUUUAGCUGUGUUCAUCCUUGGGUAACACCAGUGGCAGUCCAUGGUACUUACUUGGCAUCUUGACUGUUCACCGGUUAUUCUAAGUGGUUUUUCUGGGGCACUUAACCACGGACCAUCUUGCACCAUAACCAUCUUACAUUGAGCUCGUUCCUAGAGUUAGUUGAUGUAAAAAAUAAGUAUAAAAUGUGCAAAAUGAAGAAUUUCGAACGGAGGGAUUCAGUAUCGGUAGUAUUAUUGUACAAUACUAUAUGUGCCCACAGUUUGCGUCUAAGCCAACACUGAUAGUCAUUUACUGCUGACAUGUUUUAAAGUCGUUCAGACACAACUGUAAUUCAAGCUUGGUGAAACCUGCUUUUCACUGUCAUUUUAUAAAUGAUCAAAAUACAAAUCUAACCUGUAAAUUUUUAAUUGUUUCACCACCUUUUCCUGUAAGAUAAACCACAAUAUAUAUAUUUACCUAUAACAUACAAUGUUUAGAAACAAAAGUAGCUGUUUCCUAAUCCAGUAGCACACAUACCUAUAAUCAAGCCAACUUUUGAAGCAGGAAUCAUAACUUCCAUUAACGAUUCCCCAGGAGCGAUUGUUGGUACAGACAUCUAGCAAGAAAAUUUCCAUGCAGAAUGAAAUCAAUUAUGGUAAAAUCUCUUUGCUUCAAGCUUUCCAUUAUUUUUAAUGAGAAGUUGUUAAACUAUUAUAGCAUAAAAACCUACCAAAGACUCAGGAACUUUUCCAUCUUCACAAAUUUUGAGAAUCAAAUUUUUAGCUUUUCUAUACAACAUUGAAAAGUCAAUUAUUGUAAUAUGUCCACUCCAACAUUUGACAACUUUGUAGUGCAGUGCAUGUGCUCAAAUGUAUUUCAGGAUGAAAUUUCACAGAUAAAUGGUUGGCCAAGCUAAAUGAAAUCUUCCACUUCUUGUUAGAGACACUGAAGUUUCAUGUGUGACUAGAUGUUUUCAUGUGUAGCUGUGGAUGCAAACAAUGCUAGUUUAGAACAAAAUUUCCACUUACUCCACAGCCUCAGGAUUCCCAGAUAUUGUGACAGCUCGAUCAGGUGGAGGCAUUGCUCCAGGUGGGGGAUCUAUAAUCAUUAUAAAAUAUUAACUAUUGAUCAUCAUAUAAAGCUAGGAAUAAUCAAUCUUCUGGGUCAAUAAUUAUCACAAACAUACCUGGAGCAACUUGCACUCUUGCUCCUGUUUCAGACUGAAGUUUAUUGAUCUGUUCACCACCCUUUCCAAUAACUGUAGUGAAAAUACCACCAGUGGUUAGUUCAUGCACUUUUCACCUAGAGCUGUCAUCAGGGUUCAAUUCCUUCAACAUGCAAUUGUCUGAAUAUUUUUUCUCCUGUCUACCAAACAAUGUUCUCCAAAUAUAGUUCACUCACAUUAGUGGUGUUUGACUUAAUUAACUUUGAUCUCAAAUGAGACUGGAUUGAGCAAAUAUUAACUAAAAUUGACCCUGACUCAAAAUAUGACUGGAUUGAAUAAACAUGGGCAUUGAUCUCAAAAUAAGACUGGAUUGACCAAACAUUGACACUGAUCUCAAAAUGAGACUGGAUUGUAUAAACAUUGACCCUGAUCUCACAAUGAGACUGGAUUGUAUAAACAUUGACCCUGAUCUCAAAAUGAGACUGGAUUGUAUAAACAUUGACCCUGAUCUCAAAAUGUGACUGGAUUGUAUAAACAUUGACCCUGAUCUCAAAAUGAGACUGGAUUGUAUAAACAUUGACACUGAUCUCAAAAUGAGCUGGAUUGACCAAACAUUGACACUGAUCUCAAAAUGAGAUUGGAUUGUAUAAACAUUGACCCUCAUCUCAAAAUGAGACUGGAUUGUAUAAACAUUGACCCUGAUUUCAAAAUUUGACUGGAUUGUAUAAACAUUGACACUGAUCUCAAAAUGAGACUGGACUGAAUAAGUAUUGACCCUGAUCUCAAAAUAGGACUGGAUUGAAUAAACAUUGACACUGGUCUCAAAAUAACACUGGACUGAAUAAACAUUAACCCUGAUCUCAAAAUAGGACUGAGUUGAGAAUCAACUAUCCAUCACCUUUACAACUGUUCUCAAUGAAAUAAAACUGAAACUAUACUCACUCAAUCCAACAUAUUUGUUGGGAAUUUUCAAAUCUUCUACAGGCUGUGACUGUAAUCCAGCUCUAUAAUGGAAUACAAUAACCUUAAAUCAUAAUUCUAUAUCCAUGUAUUAGAAAACUGUCAAACUAACCUUUGGGCAAUGUUUGCUGCAACUUGCAUUGCUAUGGCCUUCGCAUCAAUAACAAUGUCACCAGUAUCUAAAAUAAAACACACUAAGUUAACACAGGUACUUUUUUUAAUAAAUUAGUUUUACAAUAAGAAAUUGAAGGCACAGACACGGACUAAUAAGUCCCAAAUUAAGUCAGGGUUCAAAUUAGACAGGAAGAAUUGAUUCACAAAUUUCCUUCUUGAAAAUUUGACGGAAAUUUCAGUUUUGGAAAGUGGAAACACUGCUAGCGAAAAGCAAAAUGGCGGUCGUUUCGUAGUGAAUUUUGUAAAUUUUCUGAAGAAAUUGUAGCCAUAUUCUUCAUUUCACACUUCCUUUUAGUACAAAAUUAGGCAUAAAAAAAUACCUGUGGUUCCGGUUCCCUACCAACCCUAUUUUUUCUGCUGACCCUAUUAUUUUUUCAACGCGAUUGACUGUGCGACCCUAUUUUCUCCAGGUGGUUGCGGGCUGCUCAUACAGCGUGCCAAAAUGGCAUCUGUUGUCACUCUCAUUAUUGAACCAAAUUGCCUAAAUUCGUCCAUGGGAAAUACGCAUCUCUAGUUAAUGUUGAUGUCGGGACUCUACUGCAUCGCCCAGCAAAAAAAUGCCAAAACCAUGAAAAAAAUAUUCAAAAAAAAAUUUAUUUCCGACCUAACGAUCCUAAUUUUUUCACGAUAUGAAACUGGAACCACAGGUAUUUUUUUUACGCCUUACAAUAAUAGUCAGAAAAAUACUCCAUUAUAGUAAAAUACAAUCGAAGUGAUUGUGAAAAUCAACCUUUGACACAUUGUUUUUGCAAAACGCCAUUCGCAAAAUGGAUGAUUUUGCGUUCGCAAAAAGUGAAUUUUGCAUUCGCAAAUUGUGAAUAGCAAGCCGCUAAUUCGAACCCUGUAAGUCCUGCCAUAAACUGCCAUACUUUGAAUUAACACCAAACGUUAAGCGCACAUGCAAGUAUACAGAAAUGUCUUCCAAAAUAAUAGGAGUAAACACAAGAAAAGAAAACCGUUUACUAUAAGGAAACGGCUGAAACUACAAGGUAGGGAAUUUCACCGCUUUUUCCUUGUGUCAAGGCAAAGUUAUACUGAGUUUAAACCAUCAGAAUUUUCUUUAAACUCUUUGUUAGAGCUCCGUGAAGACAAUACUAUGGAAUUUGGAUAAGCAUAGAUAUGCCACAAAAUUCAAAUCUAUUCAUUCUGUACCUUGCAUAAGCGCUUUCUUUGAAGCUGGUUCUCCACCUAAAAAAACACAUUUUUGACACUAUUUAUACCAUAAUAUACAGUAAUCAACCUUUUAUAUUGGGGGCCCACGUCCAUACUCAACUUCCCACCCAAAACAUCAGAUUGACAUCUCACCCACCCAGCCUUGAAAAUGUCAAGAGUGGCAUAGCUUAGGGCAAGAUUUUCUUCAAAUAUUCAUUUUGCCAUGGUGAAAUUCAUGAAAACAUCCCAAUACAAUUUUGACCCACAACCCAGUACAGAAAGUUUGUAUCGCACAACCAAGAUAUCAACUCAUGUUGGGCGUCCAAUUGUGAAGCUUUCUAUAUAUUUGCUAUGAAAUAUUCGAAAUCUCAGGUGCGGAAUUUCCAAACUUUUCAGUCAGGGACCCACCUACCCACCCAAAACAUCAAUUUGAUGUUUUGCUUGGCAACUUGAAAUAUGGACGUGACCCGCGACAAACAUCUGUUGUUCUCUUCUUAUGUCAACAAAUAUAUUUGACAAUUUGUGACCUACCUGAGGAAGCUUCUAGUGGUCUUUUAGCUGCAGAAAGAAAGAUUAACUAUAUUAAAAUCUUAAAAUAUUAAAACCAACUAGACUGCUGACUUCACUGUUAAAUAAAUUGAUCAUUCAUACCUGACUCGCCACUUGCGGCAGCAGCCGAACCCAUUCGAGCAGCAAUCUAAAAGUUGAAAUUUCACAAGGAAAACAUUUACGACAACGCGAUAAAACUUUCUAAAAAGUUAGCCUGAUAUUUGACUUACCUCUUUUGCUCUUUUUAAGGCAUCUGCGAACGCAGCAUUCGCGUCUGCAGGCUUUGAAGGAGGAGGUAUAGCAUUUCCAAACGACGCCAUUUUGCAAUUUUUUUUAAUUUUCACACGUGCGGAGAACGGAAACGAAUCAUGGAUUUGCUAUGCAUGCUGGGAUGGCAUAAAAUGUUUUAAUCUUCCCAUCCCCCCCCCGUAUUAAUUAAAUUCUGUGUAGCCCCCCUUUCGCAUUUCUCAGUCACACCGCCCGGUUCAAGCGUCGUAAACGUUGUAUUUCAGGGGGGUAGUCCUUAAUGAAAAUAGCGAAGAAUCUUGACUUUCAAGAUGGCGGACAACGGGGACUGGUGUUUGAUAGAAAGCGACCCUGGUGUUUUUACAGAAUUAAUCCGCGGAUUUGGUAGGUGUUAGGACAAGAAAACAGCACAUUUUUCACAACGUUUUCAUGCUUUUGCCCCCAAAUCUGGCCAACUGUAAGACUGCGCAGUACUUUUAAUACAUGUGUUUCAAAGUGUCAAAAACAGUUUCUGUUUUACAUUAGGCUGUACUGGUUUACAAGUUGAGGAAUUGUAUUCACUGGAUGAAAGUUCUUUUGAAAGUCUACGGUUUGUCAAAUAUUUGUCUUGGACUCUGAUUUAGUCAUUUAUGCAAUUUAUGCAAAUUCAGUUAAAAUUUAGGUACAUACACCAAAGCACCAUCCCAAAAGUUGCACCAGAUCAGAAUUUAUGUAACAUGAAUGUGGCUGAAAAAUGUGGGAGCAAUAGUGCACAAAGUCGAUGAGCAUGCUCAGUUCAUACGCUCCUGAUGAAGGGUCCUCUGCUUGAAACAUUGAAAAGUGUUUUAGGCUCACAACGACAAAUACUUAGAGAUAUAGCUGCCAUAUCUGUCAAACUGUAACUCACAGGUGUUCGUUGCGGGGGUUAGGGUGAAUGUUAGGGUGUUACUAAGAGAUUGCAACACCGGAUACCCAGUUUAUUGACAUCACUGACAACAAACACCUGUGAGGCAUCUUUUCAGUCAGUUGUGACACAAACCACAACAGUUUAUAGUCUUUAUCUUACACUGUUUCUGAUUUCAGACCAGUUCAUGGCUUAAUAUUUUUGUUCAAGUGGAAAGCUGGAGAUGAACCAUCUGGUCCAAUUGUUCAAGAUAGUCGUUUGGACAAUAUUUUCUUUGCCAAACAGGUCAUAAUAUCUUGCAGUGAACACCUAUUAGUUUUGUUUACGUUAUUAGCUUUGUUCAAUAAAGGGAUUUUCCCUUGCUAGGAAGAACAGUUUGAGCUAAUAAAUCUCCAGUAUAAGUUUAGGUUUCCUGUUGCAGUAACACAGGAUCAAAAAGAGAUGAUCCUUACUGGACCUAGGGGGAACAGUUUAGAACUGAUAGAACUAUCAUAAAUAAAGUUAGUUUAGGUUUCCCCCUGUAGUAACACUGGAUGACAAUAAGAGAUGAUCCUUGCUGGACCUCUAGGAGGACAGUUUAGAACUGAUAGAACUAUCCAGUAUAAAUAAAGUUAGUUUAGUUCAUCCUAUAAGGAGCGGUUGCAACAUGUUUACUGAAAUGGUUUAUACAAUACUUCAGGUGAUCAACAAUGCUUGUGCAACUCAAGCCAUUCUAAGUAUUAUAUUGAAUACAAAUCAUCAAGAUGUAGAUCUGGGACCAAUUCUUACAGAAUUCAAAGAUUUUUCUGCCUCGUUUGAUGCCAAUGUAAGUGUCUGUACAAUGGCGUAGCAAUCUGAGAGGUUGCUUCCCCACCCCAUCCAAAACAAUCUACAUGCUUAUUUCAUAUCAAUUACCUAUUUCUUAACAAUUUUGAUAACACAGCAAUAACCACACCCCAACUACAUCAAAAUCACACAGAUUUUGUCUGCAAAAUAGGGCCUGAACCCAAACUCCCCACCCCACGCAGUUAUGAUACACUCUAUAUGCCCCUGUAUAUGUCGUUACAGGCUUCUGAAUUCAGGUCAGCAAUUUGCAACUGUACUGAUUUUUAUUCAAUCAUGUGUCUUUUCUGUAGCUAAAAGGUUUGACUUUAACAAACAGUAACCCUAUAAGACAAGUCCACAACAGUUUUUCAAGGUAAAAAUUGUGUUUUAAUUUAUUAUUACAAUCAUAACUAUCCAAUUUGUGGCUUUGCAAUCUGACCUAAAUUUGCUGGCAUAUCAUUUUUUCCAGACAGCAAAUAUUUGAAAUUGAUGGCCCAGCAAAGAAGGAUGAAGACGUGUUUCACUUUAUAGCAUAUGUUCCAAUAAACAACAGACUUUAUGAACUGGAUGGGUUACGUGAAGGCCCCAUAGACCUAGGGCCUUGCUCGGCUGACUCUUGGCUAAAUGAAGUUAAACCAGUCAUAGAGCGACGAAUUCAAAAGUAUGAACUUUUUUAGGGGCAUAAUAUUUCAUGAGUCCAAAAAGCUUAACAUUUUUGUGAAGCAUAUUUCAUACAUACAGAAAAAUCAUCGACAGGACAGAUGAUCUAAAGGAUCACAAACCAGCUAUGCAUGAUCUAUACCGACAGACAUUACUGGCAAUGGUUCUGGAAACAAUUCAUGUCUGAUAGAUUGAAUCAACUCUUGCCUUUAGAUAUUCUUCAGAGGAAAUUCAUUUCAACCUUAUGGCUGUUGUGGCAGAUAGAAAGCAAGCCUUUCUUAAAGAAAUCGAAGCUUUAAAUCAUCAAAAAAGACAACUUGUCGAACAGGUGACUGCAUAGUGUACCAAUUUUUUCAUGUUAGCCGCUUGCUUUCCUGUAAAACCGUUGCAGGUGGGCUUGUGACAAGAAACACCCAUAAAUAAGGUGGGCAGACCUUCUGCAACACAGGUUAAGUAAAAUCCAUCUACCUUUGUAUUUUAGGGUUCAGACGUAAUGGACACAGACAAUGCAACAAGCAUUCAAAGUAUUGAAGCAAAUAUAGUGAAAUAUCAAGGUCUGGUUGCUGCUGAAGAUGAUAAGAUGCUUCGCUAUAAAGUAUGCAAUAUGAGUAUAUAUGAUGUACACUGGACAACCUUAUCAGUUCUAUCCCUAGCGGUAUAAAGUGUUAUAGAAGGACAUCUGAGUACCCAGAGACGUGUAGUGUUUGGUACCCUGGAAGCUCUCGUAUGGUUGAGAUACAAUUAUAAUCAGACAAGUUCAUAUUGCAGGAAUCUCAGUUUUAACAAUUUAAUGUAUGGAAUUUCUGCAACGUCAAUUAUGGCUUAUUUUGCCAGAUCACCCUUGGGAAUUUGACCAUUUUUAGCUCAAACAUUCUGCCUCAUCCACCUUCUUUCACAAUGGUUUGAGUUAAUAGACACGGACAAAAGAUGAAUAGUAAUCUAAUAAUUAUGAUAACAUUUUUUGUAAAGGUUGAAAAUGUGCGCAGAAAACACAACUAUCUGCCCCUGAUUGUGGAAAUUCUAAAGGUGCUUGGACAAGAAGGGAAACUUGUCGCUUUAGUGGAAAAGGUAGGUUUGACGACAACAAAUCAUAUGAAAUGCUCAGACAGGCUGGGUUAUUUCUCAGCGUUACUGUAGGCCUUAUCAGUAGCUAACAGAAAUGCAAUAUUUUGCAGGCACGACAGUCCAAACCAAAGAAACUUGUCCAAGAGGCGCUUUAAAUAUUUUAUAUAAAUAUUGUGUAAAUUUUGAACAUUAAUAUUAAAAUAAAAUGGACAUUGUUAUACCAUAUAUAUUUGCCAUUUAAAGUAUUUUUAUGACAAAUGUUUAAUCAUUAAAUAUCCACGUCCCCCAAUAAUAUGCUCUCUAAUUACUUUGCUCUGGCCAACAAGAAAGCAAUGGACAUUAACUACUUUCGGCCCAUAUCUCAACCUCGUUCCCAGGCUCUCUUCUUGCGUAUGUCUCUUUUAACCAUUAAGGUAAUUCCGCAGUAAUUGUUCCCGAAAUGAGAAUGUGCUGAAACUUCCCAGGCAUGGAGUUUAUGAUAUACUUAAAGUAAAAUCACACAAAAAAGUCGGGGUCACCGAACUCGUUAAGAAGAUAUGACCAAUCACAAUAUACCACCUUUACCCCAAUAUGGCGCCAUCUUGACGCUCAUUACGAGUAACAGCAAACUCACAACAGCCCGAUAUUUAUUGACGUUUUUAGCGCGGAUUUUGCUUUAGUAAACCUAUCUUGUAAUUAUUUUUGAAAAAAUAUUGUGUUUUGAGCAAAAUGAAACUACUAACGUGUACAAUUCUGAUCUAUAAAUGUCUUUUGCACAUUUCUUUACAUAUCUUUCUUGGAGAACAUGCAUUGAUAAAGCAAUUUUUUUUCAAGAUCCAGAAAUGAUUUUUCUUUUAAUUUCGGAUAUGAAAUGUAAAAUGCAUUAAACCUCCGACCUUUUUAGGG